AUGUUGGGGAUCAAUCGAUCAUCCCGUCCAGGGCCCUGGAACAGUACCCGCUUCUGUCACCCCACAAUUAGACUCAACCCUUGCCCUCACACACAAGCCAUCGACUUUACCGCCGAGUCCCCUAGCAGCCUGAAGACGUGGGCCGCAGAGAAGAUCUCCAGAGCCCCACCUCUUCUGUCACCACGCCCCUUCCAAAUUCUCCAAUACGCCAACCUCGCGACGGUGGUGAGCUGCAUUUCAUCUUGCGCAACCCGUACCUCCUCUCUUCUCACCCAGCUUGCUCUCGUCACUGCAUGCGCCAAACUGAUUUUUGAGAUGCAAAAGGGAAAUCGAGAGUGCGUCUACCCUGAGGCCACCACAUCCAAGGCAACAGGUCCCUCUCAGGCUUCUACAAAAGGGAGUUCAACUCAGCAAGUGACGAGUCCCGGAUCCUCGACCGGAGCAGAGGAGCCCGAGCCCGAGCCCGAUUCGAAACUCGAACCGAUUCUCGACGAGGAUGAGGAUGCGGAUGAUCCCGAACGUCCAGGUUGGAUGUAUACUUCCUCGCAAGCCCCCAGUGGCGCGACAUCACCAAACCUCACGAAAUCGAGCACACGCCAGAGCUCAGAGACGCCGUCCUUGGAUGGCAGCAAGAGCUCGCACUCUGGCUCACCUGCCACAUCAAGCACCAUGACGCCAAACGCCCACCCACUCUCUGAUCAAUCCCUUCACGUCACAAGUGCUCUCUCGGACUGGUCGCAUCUACCAGCAGACUUCCAGUAUUACCUCGGCAGUUUUUGCAAAAACAUCACGCACUAUCACUACUGCCUACCGAGCGACCCGGAUGGUUUCUUCUCUUCCUUGCUGCUGAAUAUAGCCUUGCAUAAUGAUGCCUUGCUAAAUGCCGUGGUUGGAUUCUCCGCCUAUCAUGAGACGCUGAAGAACGAGAAUGGCAAAGUUGAAGAUUUUUUGAAAUACUACAAUAAAAGCGUCACGCUUCUUCUUAGUUCUCUCAAGCGAAAGGAGCCCCAGACGGUUGCAACGAUUGUAACUAUCUUGCAAUUAGCGACUAUCGAGGAAUACCUUGGCGACUGGAUUAAUAUCAUGGGACACCAAAAGGCUGCCCUUCAAAUGUUGACAAACCUCUUCACGCCCGACACCAUCAUGUCGUUUCCCGUGAGCCGAGCCAUUCUUGCCUGGUACCAACGGUUCGACGUUUUUGUUGCCGUCAUGGGCGGUUUCAAAACGGCUCUUCCUCGCGAGUGGUUUACUGUCGUUGUUGAUUUUUGCCGCGAUAGGUGUGAAGGCAGCCCAGAUGAUAUUGAGUGGAGGUUAGAAGAACGGUCGGCCUGUUUGAGACUUAUAUCCAUGGACAUGUCGAUGUUAUAUUCUCGGGGUAAUAGGGAGGAGAUAUCGCCCGAGGAGUUCAACACGGAGUACGACCGCAUAUCCGAAGUAUUGGCAGAUUGGAGACGGACUUUUGACCCCGCUCUCUUGGAUCCAGCGUUUGAAGUGACGACGUUCCCACACCAGGUUCCCCUUGACCCUGAACGCGAUAUCGUCAAUCCUGUCAGCACAGAUUAA